CCCGCCAAGUUAUCGAUAUAUGCUAAGCGUUGAACAACACUUGUUGCUGAGCACCACUUAACACUUGUUGCUCGUGCUGCACUCUUUGUUGUUAUUCGAAACAAAACGUUAGCAAGUGUUUAUUUAUUGUUUACAAAGGCAUUUAAACAAAUCCAAAAAGCAUAAACUUUAGCUAUGGCUUUUCUGUGCCCAGUGCGCAUGCGCCGCGAUAAAAAGAAAGCUUCCAAUGUAGAAAGAGACUUAGCGCCCGUGGGCAUGAUGGGGCGCAUAACAGGCAGCUCCAGCAUAGAAACACUAGUGCGCGUGGGCAUAGAAAAAGAACAUGGAUUAAGUCCUGAUUCCAAAAUGGUUGUACUUCACGACUUUACGCCCUGUGUAGACGAUGAGCUGGAGGUGAAGCGUGGCCAACUGGUUAACGUGCUUUAUCGUGAAAACGAUUGGGUCUAUGUGAUUGGUCACGAUUCACGCCAGGAAGGCUUCAUACCCUACUCUUAUUGUGCACCCUGCAAUACACAGCUAGCGGACAUGGCUGUUAAGAAAAAGCUGCCACGCGAACAAACCGAACCGUUGCUACACGAUGAGAAUGUACCGCUGCUGGGCGUGGACAACAAGAUGGAUGUUUUGGGUGAUGAAACCCUGGCGCUCAGCAAGGCCGCUUCAACUAACAAUCUAGAGAACAGUCUGCAUGUGAGCUUGCCAGAGUGCGCAGCAUUUAUCAAGGAACCCUCUGGACGUUGUAUUGUGCUCUAUACGUUUAUAGCGCGUGACGAAAACGAUUUGUCCGUGGAGCGCGGUGAAUUUGUCACUGUUUUAAAUCGUGAAGAUCCUGACUGGUCUUGGAUCCUACGUAGCGAUGGACAGGAGGGCUUUGUGCCCGCUAAUUUUAUUUAUCCAGCCGAUAGCGUUCGAGUGCUGCAACAGCAAAAGGCCGCAGCAACAGCGUCAGCAACGGCGCCUCUAAAUGAGAGCAAUAUGCAGCAGCACGCAAAUCUCAGUAUGGAGAACAUGCUGCAACAGCAACAAGGUCAACAACAACAAGCACAGCAGCAGCAGCAGCAACAGCAACAACAACAACAGCAGCAAUUGGGUUUGGGUACUGAUGAGUUGCGUUAUCAUGGCACCGAGUUGGUCAUGCUUUAUGAUUAUAAGGCGCAGGCGCCGGAUGAUCUGUCUGUGCGUCGCGGCGAUUGGAUAUAUGCUGAUCUUAACAAUCAGACCGUAGAUGGUUGGCUCUGGGCCUAUGCGCCUAAGACACGCAAAUAUGGUUUCAUACCGAAGGCCUAUGCACGACCACCGGCCAUGACGAGUCUCUAGAAGACAGGUUUAGUUUAGAAAAAGAUAAGUUAAGCAAGUAUAAUAUUAUAUGUAUAU